UUAAAACUAGCUGUCAAAAUACAAGCCUGCUGCAAGUUAUAUUCACAGGCAGCUGUGUACAGUACGAAUCAGUAGGACACUUUAGUUUCACACUUCCGGGUUUUAUUUGACCACUCAGGUCUCGCGUGUUUGUUUAUUUCAGUUAGUUUGUAGUCAGGCAUGUGAACUUGUGCAAAGCACUGUGUACAUAACUGUUUGUAGUUUCUUUGGCAGCUCUGUAUGCGUGGGCACUAGGCUGGCAGGCUUUGGUGUGGAGGUGUUUGCUCUCUGGGGAUUUAGGAGACUUCAUCUGAAGGUCAUUACAGGUUUGCAAACUUUGUGAGGAUGUCGGAGAAACUCUGUGGCUGAAGGAGUGGAAGUGAAGGGAAGUGAAGUGAAAAUGAGGAGUCGCUGUAAUUCAGGAGUCAAACUCGACAACUAUGCUCGGAUAAUUCAACAAACUAUCCUCCAACACCAAGAUCCAGUGACUGGUCUUCUCCCUGCGAGUGAGGAGCAGCCAGAUGCCUGGGUCAGGGAUAAUGUCUACAGCAUCAUCGCCGUGUGGGCUCUAAGUCUAGCCUACAGGAAGAAUGCAGACCGUGAUGAGGACAAGGCCAAAGCUUACGAGCUGGAGCAGAGUGUCGUGAAGCUUAUGAGAGGCCUACUUCAGUGCAUUAUGCGGCAGCUAGACAAAGUGGAGAAAUUCAAGUACAGCAAGAGCACCAUGGAUUGUGUCCAUGCCAAGUACAACACACGCACUUGUGCCACAGUGGUGGGUGAUACUGAGUGGGGGCACUUACAGAUGGAUGCCACCUCGCUCUUUCUGCUCUUUCUAGCACAGAUGACUGCUUCGGGUUUGCACAUUGUGUACACUCAGGAUGAAGUGGAUGUGAUCCAGAAUCUGAUGUUUUACAUUGAAGCUGCAUACAAAGUGGCAGACUAUGGAAUGUGGGAGCGAGGAGACAAGACUAAUCAAGGCAUCCCUGAGCUCAAUGCCAGCUCUAUCGGCAUGGCCAAAGCAGCACUGGAGGCACUGGAUGAGCUAAACCUAUUUGGGGCUAAAGGAGGGCCCAGCUCGGUGGUCCAUGCUCUGCCAGACGACAUCCAGCACUGUCAGUCCAUUCUUAACUCCAUGUUGCCCAGAGCGUCCACAUCGAAAGAAGUAGAUGCUGGCGUUCUUGCCAUUAUCUCGUAUCCAGCCUUCGCUGUGGAGGACAUGGAAUUAGUCAAUAUCACCAAGGAGGAAAUCAUUUCCAAGCUACAGGGGCGAUAUGGUUGCUGUCGGUUUCUCAGAGAUGGUCAUAAAACCCCUAAAGAGGAUCCCAAUAGACUAUAUUAUGAAUCUGCUGAGCUGAAGCUAUUUGAGAACAUUGAAUGUGAGUGGCCUCUCUUCUGGACGUACCUCAUUCUUGAUGGCAUCUUUCUCAACAGCCAAGAGCAGGUGCAGGAAUACAGAGAAGCGCUGGAUGGUAUACUAAUCAAACAGCAGGAUGGGAUACGUCUGGUGCCUGAACUUUACAGUGUCCCUCCUGAUCAGGUAGAUGAGGAGUAUGUGAAUCCUCACUCUGUAGAGAGGAUCCCUAUGGGCAAGUGCCCUCUAAAGUGGGGCCAGUCACUGUACAUUCUUGGAAAUCUUUUGGCAGAGGUGAGGGCGCACUUUCAUAUCUUGAGAAAAAGGCCUUGCUUUAUAACUGACUUUGACUUACUAUUCUGUUGCUUGUUAAAAACAAAACAAAAACCUAAGGGCUUCCUGGCCCCUGGAGAAAUUGACCCACUCAACCGCAGAUUCUCCACCAUCCCAAAGCCUGAUGUGGUUGUCCAAGUGUGCAUUCUGGCAGAGAAUGAUGAAAUUAAGGCAUUGCUACUGAAGAAUGGGAUAGCUGUGGAUACAGUGGCAGACAUGCACUCCAUCAGAGUGCAACCUUCUCGAGUCCUUAGUCACAUUUACGCUCGACUAGGACAUAACCAGAGGCUGGGGCUGACUGGCAGGCCAUGUCGCAGGAUUGGUGUGUUGGGGACCUCUAAGCUCUACAUCAUCCGCAACACUAUCUUCACCUUUACACCUCAGUUUAUUGAUCACCAGCAGUUUUACUUGGCCCUUGAUAACAGGAUGAUUGUGGAGAUGCUGCGUACUGACCUUUCUUAUUUGUCCUCUCGCUGGAGAAUGACUGGCCGGCCUACUGUCACCUUCCCAGUCUCUCAGACUAUGCUCACUGAGAACCACACAGAAUUGGACCCUGUGGUACUGGCUACUCUGAAGAAACUUCAGGAUGGCUACUACGGAGGAGCACGGAUACAGACAGGAAAGUUGUCAGAGUUCUUGACCACCUCCUGUUUUGCUCAUCUGAGCUUCCUGGAUAGGGUUAAGCAACACUCCAGCAGUCUGAGCUGGGAUAAGGAUGAUGAAUACAGCUUCAAUAAUGAAGACACUAUGCAUAAUCUCAACAUUAGUGAUGAUGGAGAUGAUCUUGCAGAGUAUUUGGAUCAGCUUUUGGCCACAGCAGUGCCUCAGAGGGGGAAGAGAGCAGAGAACAAGGCCAGCGGGCUCUGCCGCUUCAAGGCUGCAGCUAAUCAAACAAGAGAGAUGGUGUCUUUAGUCAACAAGGCCAAAGAUCUCCAACUGCAUAAUGUGCAAAUGUAUCUACCCACCAAGCUCUUCCGAGCCCCUAAACAAUCUCUUAAUUUGAAUGACUCCUUGAGACCAGAGCCAAGCCAGGGUCGAGAGAUGUUUGUUUCGUCACAUUUAAACCUGCCCCGUGAUUCUGAUGGAGCUAUAGAUUACAUGGCUCUGGCUCAGCUGCUUAAAGAUACACAGGAUCUUCAAGACCAAGCGGAAAUCCUGUAUAUCCUCUUCAAAGACAAGGGGAUGGAUUGGGAUACACAGCUGCAUGGCAAAUGCACUACAGUGCAGAGACUGCUGAUGGAGCUGUAUGAAAAGGCAGGAGACCUGCGCUGCUGGGGCCUCAUCCGUAUGAUUUCCGGCAUGCUGCGCAAAAAAGUGGAGGAGCUGGAUUGGGCCUGUUCUGAUUUGCUGGCUCAUCAGAAACACUUAACAGUGGGUUUACCUCCUGAACCGCGGGAAAAGACCAUCACUGCGCCAAUGCCACCUGACCUGCUGGCUAAACUUAUCGAUGAGGCCAGUGAGAACAACAUAACAAUCUCUAUCCUCACUCAGGAGAUCAUGGUGUACCUGGCCAUGAACAUCAGGACACAUCCGAGUCUGUUCAGUGAGAUGUUUAGACUGAGGAUUGGCCUCAUCAUUCAGGUCAUGGCUACUGAACUGGCCCAGUCUCUGAACUGCUCAGAUGAAGAAGCAAUAGAAAGUCUGAUGAGUUUGAGUCCGUCUGAGCUGAAGAAUCUUUUACAUCAUAUCCUCAGUGGCAAAGAGUUUGGUGUGCAGAGGCAUGUAGAUACAGGUAUGAGUCCUGCCAUCUCUAUCCAUGAAGUUGGCCACGUGGGUGCCACCAAAAGUGAGCGUGCUGGCAUCAGGAAACUAAAGAGUGAUAUGAAGCUGACCUUUUCAGGCCAGUCCUUUGACCUCGACCACACAGAGUCUAUUCACCGUCUCCCUUCAUUUGAGUCCUUUGAUGGCUCUGUGAGUGUUCCUGUUGCAUUGGAUAGCCGCCAGGGCCAGUGGCUACGCAGGAGGAGGCUGGAUGGAGCCCUCAACAGAGUGCCAGUGGGCUUUUAUCAGAAAGUUUGGAAGAUUCUGCAGAAGUGUCAUGGGCUGUCGAUAGAAGGCUUUGUGCUUCCAUCAUCCACUACAAGAGAGAUGACGCCGGGUGAGAUUAAGUUUGCUGUGCAGGUGGAGACGGUACUGAACAGAGUUCCUCAGCCUGAGUACAGGCAGCUGCUAGUGGAGGCAAUCCUGGUGCUCACCAUGCUGGCUGACGUUGAUGUCCAAAGCUUCGGCAGCAUCAUCCACGUGGAGAUCAUCGUUCACAUCGCGAAUGACCUGUUCUACCAGGACCAGAAAGCUCUUAAUGCUGAAGAGAGCAUUUUGCAAAGAGACCCAUCCACAGGCAUCUGUCGGCUCUUGUAUGAUAGCGCACCCAGUGGCUGCUUUGGCACAAUGACGUACCUCACAAAGGCAGUGGCUACCUACGUACAGGACUUCCUGCCCAGUGGCUCAUGUGCUUUGCAGUGAUGUGCUGUCUUAAGAGUAGAGGAAGCACGGUUUAAAACGUAUCAAAGAAACUCAUAUCAGUUUAGGUCAUUUGUACAAUAGUUACAUAUUCAUACACUGAUGGAGAUGGUGGUAGUUUUCAGUUUUCAUAGGCAAAGUUUAACUGUGUGGACACAUUCAUUACAUAUAUCAGGUACUGUUUGUUUCCUGAUCAUAUUUGAAUGAGUUCGGUUGCAUGAAAGUACUGUUAUCAGUGCAGCAGCUUUUUCUUUUAGAGGGCCUUUCAUUUUCUUCCUUUUUAACACAACAGUCUCAAAUCACCUGGCAUCAACCAGCAGAUGAUCAGUGACGAAGGAAUAUUUUAUGUAUGGAGUUUUUUUGCCCAGCGUGUUUUACGUCAUCUAAUUCUGUAUAAUUCAGAGCGCAUUUUGACUUUUACUAGUAAAAACAUUAUUUUAAUAAUUACUUCAGCCUCAUCAGCAAAAUAAUAUUUCUUUUUGAAGCAAAUACUUUGCACACCUUGAACAUAAUAUAUAAGUUGGUAAAUAAUUUGUGACCCGAAACGUUCUUUUCAUAUGUGGUGAAAUAAAUAUCUUGUGAUGUUUGAAAUUGUACUGACCUUUUUUUGAAAAUAAUUUAUUUUUCAUACAUUAUGGAAAAUUAGAGAGAAAAUGAACAGAUGUUUUACAAGAGGAUAUUUUGUAGUCUGUUUUUUAAAGUUAAUUAAUAAAUCUUCAUGUUGUA